AUGGAUUUUUCUGAUGGCAGUGAAAACAGCGGAGUUCGCAGGCCGGACGCACCACGCCCGGUGUCUCGGCGAGGAUUUCGGGAGUAUACUAAUAGCGGUUCGAUUUUGUCAAGGAGUGGGACAAUGCGGCCGACAUCUGCGUAUAGGGGCAGUACUGCUCGUUUGUCGACUGCUGGAUUUGGCGCUGCACCGCAGACGAGCUCUCGUCAGCAGACCGCUAUGACUGGGUUUUCAAUGAUUGAUAGGCCGAUAACUCAGCAAGGAAUAUCAGGCUUACGUACGGGCACCGCUAGGGGCUUCCGUACGAGACAAUUACAAGACAAGAGAUACUGGGAGGAACUUAUGCAAGUGAAAGUACGAGAGAUGAAAGCAGAGAUAGCAAGGCUUUCAGAGCAGGCUGACGCGGGAGAAAGAGAGAAAUCGGCGAAAAAGCAUUACGAGAAGAGAGUUAAGGAACUUGCACAGGAACUGACCGAUUUACAGGGAAGAUUAGCCGACUACAAUACAGCAAUUAGAAUUGCGAAUGGCGAAGCAACAAAGCAAUCCGUCGAAGAGCAGACCAGAGAAAUGGAGAAGAAUAAUAAAAAAAUGCAAGAAGAGGUCGAAUUGAUUUUUAUUGAGAAACAAAGGAAAGAAAAUCAAUUGAGACAGCUAAGAGAACAGAUGGAUAAGGAGCAAUUUACCUUAUCAAAUAUUUUGUCAGAAAUGACACAAGAGCAGAAAGAUCAAUAUAAUGAGUUAGAAGUCAGUGCUGCUGCUUUGAGGGAAGAAGUGGAACAAGCUAGAAGUCAUAUAGACAAUUUGAAUAGGGAAAAAGAAGAGUUCAAUAAAGAAAUUUCAUCUUCACAGAUUAAAAUGCACCUUCUAGAAUUGUGCAAGCGUUUGGCAGCGGCUGAAGAAAAGCGUGACACUUUAAAAUACGAAAUCAACAAUCGUAUAGACCCUCAAGAAGAACGGGAGAAGCUGUUACUUCAAGUUCGAGAAGACAAUGCCGCUAUUGCAUCUCUGGAUAGCAAUGCAGCAAAUCUAAAGCAACAAAUUAAGAAAGUACAGGAAUUAAUUGAACAAGCGGAACAGGAUUUGGAAGAAGGUAACUCGGAACGCCAUCAAAAAUAUCGCGAGUUAAAGAAAAGGGAGGAGUCUAUGGACGCGUUUCUGACCACUUACGAAGAGAAUUUGAAGAGAGAGAAGGAUAGGAUCGAACAAUUGGAAAAGGAUAUAGUUUUCGCACUAGAACAUAGCAGUUCUAACAUUGAUUUAGACUUGAGCGAAAUAGAUAAUUUGAAACAAAGGGAGGGGUACGCGUCUUCCUAUGAUGAUAGUAAAAAGACUGUUGAAAUGCUGAGUAAAGACUACGAGAGAUUUCAGGCGAAUUUAAAAAAGGUGGAAGCGACCCGUGAACGCUUAGCAACCGAAUUACAAACGCUACCAGAAAAGACAAAGGUCAUGAAGGAAGAGUUGCUAGUGUUGUCGGAUUUGGAGAAAUUAAGAGACGAAGGCGAAGAACAAAAGAAAGCGCUGGAGAUGGAACUGAGACAAGUUAAAGAGAAGUUAUUACCAACAGAGAGUGCUGUUCUGGAAGCUUCUAAUAAGCUGAGGAAAUUGCAGGCGAGUCUUGAUGGUAAUGAAAUGUACACAAAACUAAAUAAUUUAGAGGAGCGUUUGGCUGAUUUGGAAAAUAGAAAAACUGUUUUGGAAGAAGACAUUGCAUCUAUUACGUUAAAGGCAGAUUAUAAACCGCUAAAGCAGGAAGCACUUGGAGAACUAGCGACUUUAAAUAAGAAAAUUAUUAGUGAUUUAAAUAUUAAGGCUUAUUAA